UUUUCUCCCUGUCAUGAACAAAAUAGUUUAAUUUAGCCCGCUUACGUCACAGAACCUUCAAGCCUGCGCGCAGGUUGAAGAGAAUCCACAGGCACGAGGAGACCAACCUCACCCUCACGACUUGUUUAACGACACAAGACUCGUUACUUUAACACUCUUUGUUAUCUUUUCAUGCCCAAAGUCUUUUCUAUGGACGACGAAGAAGUUGCGAUGAAGGCUGCAGAAAGACGAGAACGCCAAUCAAGUAACAAAGGUCCGAGCAGCACUUUACAUGAUGCGGAAGCCUUGGACGAUGGAGACUCUGAUAUUGGCUUCUGUGGCUGGCUGCUGGUGGGAUUGUCUCUUCUCCUCAUGGUGGUCACACUGCCAAUCUCCAUUUGGAUGUGCAUUAAGAUCGUGAAGGAGUAUGAGCGAGCCAUUAUUUUCCGUCUGGGACGCCUUUUGCGAGGAGGAGCCAAAGGACCAGGUUUGUUCUUCAUCUUGCCGUGCACUGACAGCUUCAUUAACGUGGACAUGCGCACCAUCACCUUCGACAUCCCACCGCAAGAGGUUUUGACCAAGGACUCGGUGACCGUGAGCGUGGAUGGCGUGGUGUAUUACCGGGUCCAGAACGCCACUCUGGCCGUGGCCAACAUCACUAACGCAGAUGCUGCCACUCGCCUGUUGGCCCAGACCACGCUGAGGAAUGUCCUCGGCACCAAGAACCUGGCGGAGAUCCUGUCUGACCGUGAAGAAAUUGCACACAGCAUGCAGUCCACUCUCGACGACGCCACUGACGACUGGGGCAUCAAGGUGGAGCGGGUGGAGAUCAAGGACGUCAAACUGCCCCUGCAGCUCCAGAGGGCCAUGGCGGCCGAGGCUGAGGCCACACGGGAGGCCCGGGCCAAGGUCAUCGCCGCGGAGGGCGAGAUGAACGCCUCCAGGGCGCUCAAGGAGGCGUCGCUGGUGAUCGCCGAGUCUCCGUCCGCCUUGCAGCUGCGCUACCUGCAGACCCUCAACACCAUCGCGGCCGAGAAGAACUCCACCAUCAUCUUCCCGUUGCCCCUGGAGAUGAUGCAGGCUUUCAUGAAACGCUGAGCAUCACAAGUAAAACACACACUGCUCCUUCUUCUUCUUCUUCUUCUGUUUCCACACAUGAAAGUGCCUCAUAGUUCCGUUAUUUCCUGCCGACAUCAGCUUGAUUAUGGGCCUGCUGCAGCCUGAUUAUGGGCCUGCUGCCAUGCCAGGAGCAGCCCAUAUUAUUAUUAUUAUUAUUGCUCAUACUUCAACUUUUAUUGUGUUUAAUGAUUAUUAUUGUUCCGCACGCUUCUCUUACCGCCACUGCGAGACCAACAAAACCCCCCACAUAUGUUAUACCCUCUGAAACCAUGGCAACGCUUUAGCUGGCUAGCAUGCUAACAUCACAGUGCUAGCUUUUUGAGCUAGCUUUGCUACCCUUUACCCUACAGUCACUUAACCUGGUAUGUGACUCUUCCUAACGGUUUGCAUGCUAACGUUAGCAUGCUAAAAUUCUCGUGCUAACUUUUUAAACAAUGUAUCCACUUUUUGCUCUAAUUUCCCAGCCAUACACCUUACAGUCGUAUAACUUGGUAUGUGACACAAGCUAACUAUUAUCAUGCUCACGUUAGCUUGCCAGUAUUAUAAACUUUAAAGUUAACAUGCUAAAAUUCAACAUGCUAACUUUUUAAACAAUUUAUCCACUUUUUGCUCUAAUUUCCCAGCCAUACACCUUACAGUCGUAUAACUUGGUAUGUGACACAAGCUAACUAUUAUCAUGCUCACAUUAGCUUGCCAGUAUUAUAAACUUUAAAGUUAACAUGUUAAAAUUCAACAUGCUAACUUUUUAAACAAUUUAUCCACUUUUUGCUCUAAUUUCCCAACCAUACACCUUACAGUCGUAUGACUUGGUAUGUGACACAAGCUAACUAUUAUCAUGUUCACGUUAGCUUGCUAGCAUGCUAAACAUUAAAGUUAGCAUGCUAACUUGUUUUUGCUACUUUUGCUACCGUUUGGCCCAGAGUUAUAUAACUUGGUAUGUGACUCUUCAUAAGUGUUUGCAUGCUAAUGUUAGCAUGCUCAAAUUCACGUGCUAACUUUUUAAAUGAUUUUUCCACUUUUUGCUCUAAUUUUUCUCAGCCAUACACCUUACAGUCAUAUGACUUGGCAUGUGACACAAGCUAACUAUUAUCAUGCUCGCGUUAGCUUGCUAGCAUGCUAAACAUUAAAUUUAGCAUGCUAACAUUAGCACGCUAACUUUUUUCUGUUACUUUUGCUACCGUUAACCCUACAGUCACUUAACCUGGUAUGUGACUCUUCUUAACGGUUUGCAUGCUAAUGUUAGCAUGCUCAAAUUCACGUGCUAACUUUUUAAACAAUUUUUCCAUUUUUUGCUCUAAUUUCCCAGCCAUACACCUUACAGUCGUAUGACUUGGUAUGUGACACAAGCUAACUAUUAUCAUGCUCGCGUUAGCUUGCUAGCAUUCUAAACAUUAAAUUUAGCAUGCUAACUUUUUUUGCUACCGUUUGGCCCAGAGUUAUAUAACUUGGCAUGUGACACUUCUUAACUGCUUGCAUGCUAACGUUAGCAUGCUAAAAUUCACGUGCUAACUUUUUAAACUAUUUUUCCACUUUUUGCUGUAAUUUCCCAGCCAUACACCUUACAGUCAUAUGACUUGGUAUGUGGCACAUGCUAACUAUUAUCAUGCUCACGUUAGCUUGCUAGCUUGCUAAACAUUAAUGUUAGCAUGCUAACUUUUUUAAAAAAUUUCACACUUUUUGCUCUAAUUUCCCAGCCAUACACCUUACAGUCAUAUGACUUGGUGUGUGACACAAGCUGACUAUUAUCAUGCUCACGUUAGCAUGCUAACAUUAGCAUGCUAACUUUUUUAAUUAUUUUUACACUUUUUGCUCUAAUUUCCCAGCCAUACACCUUACAGUCAUAUGACUUGGUGUGUGACACAAGCUGACUAUUACCAUGCUCACGUUAGCAUGCUAACAUUAGCAUGCUAACUUUUUUUUUUGCUACUUUUCCUACCGUUUGGCCCAGACUUAUACAACUUGGUAUGUGACACUUCUUAACCGUCAGCAUGCAAACCGUAGCAUGCUAGCAAGCUAACUUAGCAUUGCUACUUUUUCAUUAAUUUUUCCACUUUUUUUUCAUAUUUCCGCAGCCACGCAUCUUUGAGUCGUAUCAUUUGGUGUACGGAACAUGCUGACUGUUAUCACGCUACCGUUAGCACACACGCUAAGUGUUAGCAUUUUUAUGCAAACAUGCUACUGUUUUUUUGGCUAGCUCCGUGGCUCGUUUUUGUACAGUUACACGGAUUCAGACCCUCGGCACCAUCUUAUUACUGCGGCACAGAGAGCAGGCCCAUCAAAAUUUCCGCGGGGAUUUUCUAGUUUUAGUCUACUAAUAAUAUUAAUAGUAGUAAUAAUAGAUUUUACUUGUAAAAAGUGCUUUACAUUGGGUAAACAACCUCAAAGUGCUACAGUGUAUUAAAAGAUAAUAAAUAAAAAUAAAAACUAGAACAGCCAAAUAGCUAAAACUAAUAUGCAUAUAUCUAAAAAAAAAAAGGCUUUUUGUAAAAGAAGGGUUUUCAAGCCUUUUUUAAAAGCAUCCACAGUCUGUGGUGCCCUCAGGUGGUCAGGGAGAGCGUUCCACAGACUGGGAGCUAUGCUUUUUCCGCACAUUUCUCACUUUUAACAAAAGAACUAUACCAAAUGCCUCCUGUUGCGGCCACUUUCUCAGAGUCAUGACACCUUUGAGCAAGGCACUAAACUAACACAACUGCUUUGAGCUCAUUUGCUGUUGCUAGGUAGACUUGGUAUUUGAUUGGUCACUUCCUCUCGUGUCUAUUUGCUAUGUACGGUAUGUUGUUUGGAGCCUUGUCGUUGGUCCACUUACCAAGUGAUGGACGUACUAACCUGCAUGAGUGCUGCAUCACAUGGAGAGUUCAAUUCCCGUAACACCUAAAGGUGCUCAUAUUCAUCAUAUGCGUGAUUUGUGUAAGCUACUAACAUGAAGAAACUAUGUUGUUGACGUUAUUGCGUGUGAUUGACUAAAGUUGCAUGGCAGCAAACAAAGCCUUAACUUAACUGGUACUGCCACUUUUCUAUGCAUAUGAAGUUUUGUAUUCAUGUAGACACACUUCCUGUCGGGGGGGAAAUAACAAGCCAAAUAGUCUCUGAAUUAUAAUCUUUAGUUGUUGUUUUUUUAUGACAACCUAAACUGUUACGGUGAGUUUCUAACUUAGUACUCCUUUGAUAUACAGUCGUCCCUCGUUUACCACUGGGAACUGCCUUCAGGCCAAAAGGUAGGACACACCUUCUUCUCAUUCAAUGUGUUGUCUUUGUUGUCGUGACUAUUUACAUUGUAGAUAGU